UGAUCUCUACUAAUCUCUUGUAUUUUGCGCCACUCAAUCGAGUUAAUUAAUAGAGACAUUCCACAGAAGCAAAGAACACAGACUGAAUCUGCAGACUUUACAUAAUCGUAACACUGCUCAUAUCUACAUUCUAAAAAGGAAACAUAUUAUCAACGAAGCUCGCCAUUUUGAUAAAACUAAAUGUGCGAAACUUUCGGAAGAACGAUUAAGUUUAAACAGUAGGACAGACACUAUAUAGAAGUUAUAUAAAGUUGAAUUACGAGGAAGAAGAUAUGCCUCGUCCAGGUCGUCACAGUUAUAGCGAUCAAAAACCGCCAUAUUCCUAUAUUGCGCUCACUGCCAUGGCGAUUCAAAGUUCGGGAGAGAAGAUGCUUCCUCUUAGUGACAUCUACAAGUUCAUAAUGGACAGAUUUCCGUUUUAUAGGGACAAUACCCAAAGAUGGCAGAAUUCUUUGAGACACAAUCUUUCCUUCAACGACUGCUUCAUCAAAAUUCCGAGACGUCCGGACCGUCCGGGUAAAGGAAGCUACUGGGCAUUGCACCCAAUGUGCGGAGAUAUGUUUGAAAAUGGAAGUUUUCUUAGAAGAAGAAAACGAUUCAAGACAUUACGAGCACAAAUCUCCCUGCCCGAGUCCGUAAGACAGAGUUUGGACCAGGCCCAUGCAUAUUUGCAACACCAGGCAAAAAUAGGACUUCAAGCUCAGAGCAUGUCUCAGAGUAUAACUCAAACUCCAAGAUACCAACCAUAUACUCCCCCAACUUCGACAGCUUUUAAACAACCCUUUACAAUUGAGAAUAUUAUUGCCCCAGACAAUAAGAACAGUGCUGCUUCGCCAAGAGUGCAGAUGUUACCGCACCCUUCUCUUACAGGAUACACGGCUCUACCCGGGUUCCCAAAUUCGCUAAGCCUCAGACAUCCAUUCGCAGGUACAAGUUUACAUCCUGACAUUUCAGCAAUGAAUCUCGGCCAUCUUAGCAGAGACAUUCUAGCAGGCCAUGUGCCCAUCAAACCCAUGCCAUUGACACUUAGCAAUCAGACCAGAGGAGUUGCCCCACUGCCAACAAGUCUACCAGCCCUCUCACUCGCUGGCCCGCCACUGCCGAUGACUAGUCUAAACUUCACACAAACUUCUACAUUAACAACCCCAGUCCUACGGUGAGCAAAACACAACACAACGACAUAUAUAUUAUAGAUAUAAAUUAUUAAUAUUGUAUAUAUUGUUAGAUCUCUACGUGUAUAUAUGGCGGUUUUAAAAAGGUUAUUGUAUUAAAUUGGUAAUCAACUUGUUUUACUUCAAAUUGAAUUUUUAGUAGUUUCAAUAAGUUCUAUUUAAAUCUUCCAGGGUAUAGAAAAGGUAUGUACGUAAUGAAUAAUUCGAUUGUUAUAGAAAUUAUAUAUUUUCAAAUUAUCAUUCCAAGAGUUGCCAUUCCAAGUGUUGAGUAGAA